UUCUCUGAAACUCCAGAUGUCAUUUUGUAUUGAGAAUGUUAAUAUCUUAUUUUAGUGAUGAUUAUUCCUUUUAUAUCCCUUUCAUACCUAUUUCAUAAACUUUGAAAAUCAUAAUUUAAUUCAAGAUAUCUUGUUAAAUUCACCGUAUUACCAUGGUUGGCUAGAAUAAAAAUAUUGUUCCAAUUUAAUGAAACAGUUCAUAAAAGUCGGAUAUGUCAAAUUUACGUGAGAAAAUUUAUACCAAAGAGAAGUCACUUUUCUGUGCAAUAUGUGGAAAACAUUUUGCAACGUCAAGUAAUUUUACUCUGCAUGUGAGAAUUCAUACAGAAGAGAGGUCAUACUCUUGUGAGGAUUGUGGGAAAAAGAAGCCAUAUUCUUGUGAAGUUUGUGGCAAAAGUUUUAAACAUUCCUGUAGUCUAAAGGCUCAUAUACGAAUUCAUACUGAAGAGAAGCCAUAUUCUUGUGAAAUUUGUGGCAAAAGUUUUAAACAAUCCUGUAUUCUGAAGGCUCAUAUACGAAUUCAUACAGGAGAGAAGCCAUAUUCUUGUGAAAUAUGUGGCAAAAGUUUUAAACAGUCCUGGAAUCUGAAGACUCCUAUACGAAUUUAUACUAGAGAGAAGCAAUAUUCCUGUAAGAUAUGUAGCAAAUGUUUUACAGUAUCAAAUAAUUUGGUUAUGCACAUGCGAAUUCAUACAGGAGAGAAACCUUAUUCUUGUGAAAUAUGUGACAGAUGCUUCACACAACUAGACCAUUUGAAUAAUCAUAUGACAACGCAUACCGGAGAAAGGCCAUAUUCUUGUAAGAUAUGUGGAAAAUGUUUUGCGACUUCCAGUACUUUAAAUAAUCAUGUGCGAAUUCAUACAGGAGAGAAGCCAUAUUCCUGUAAAAUAUGUAAAAGGUGCUUUACGCAAGUUUGUAAUUUGAAUGAUCAUAUACGAAUUCAUACCGGAGAAAAGCCAUACUCAUGUGAGAUUUGCGGAAAAAGUUUUAAAAUUUCUAGCAGUCUGAAGACUCAUAUACGAAUUCACACUGGAGUGAAGCCAUAUUUUUGUAAAACGUGUGGCAAAUGUUUUGCAAGAAAAAGUGGUUUGAAUGCUCAUUCUCAAAUUUAUACACGAAAAAAAUUUUAAAUGCGAGAAAACGUUUUA